AUGAGUAAAUUUAAUGAUGAUGAAUUACUGAAUUUGUUUUUUUCAGAAUUAGCAACAAUUAAGUAUCAAAAAGAUGAUAAUGUAUUUACAAGAAUUAAAAAAAAAAUUCAAGAAACAUUUGAUCUUGAAGAAUUAAAAGAAGAUAGUAAUUUAGAUAAAGAAAUACAAAAUUUCAAUCUAAAUAAAAAACAAAAAAAUAAACUACAAAUGCUACGUAUCAAUCAAGAAGGAAUGAUUAUCAGAUAUAAUGAAAUUAAAACUGGAAUUGAAGAAGAAACUAAAAUUAAUCGAUUGAGAGAUUUUCAAUUCUGGUAUAUGCAAAUUACUGGUAGUCAAAAUCUAACAGAUAGAUUAAAAAAAAAACUUCAAAAAAUAAGAAAAGAUAGAUUUGAUUUUUUAGUUGAUUAUAUUGCAGAAUUCAAUAGAAUUCAACAAGGAAUUCAAGAUGAAACAGAAAUAGAAAGAUUAAGAGAUUUUUGGUUUUCUGAAAUUACUAAGUCUAAAUUAGAAAAUGAUGAUAAACAAAAACUUAAUGAACUCAGAGAAGAACAUAUAAGAAAAUUAGAACAAACACAACCUGGCACAAAUGAUUUCAAUUAUAUAAGAAAUAAAAUAUAUGAUAAAAAAAAAAUACCAAAUCUAAAAGUAAAUAGACAUUGGUUUAGAGAAAUUAGAAAUAGCAAAAACUUGUCUAAAGAACAAAAAGUUGCUUUAAAUAUACAACGUGAUAAAAAAUUAAAAGCAUUAUCAAAUAAAAAGUAUGAUAAAAUCAAUGAAGAAAUUCCUAAAAUUGAAACUGCAAAUCUGUUAAAUAAUAGAUGUUAUAUAAAUAUUAUGAUAUAUGAACUCAAAAAUGAAAACCUAAAAGAUGAUAGAGAUGUAGAUACAUUACAACAAAAAAGACAAGAAAGAUAUCAACUAAUACAAAAGAAGGUUGAAAUUUCAAAAUAUGAUAGAUAUAAAAGACAAAUUACAAACUUUUACAAUAGAAAACAAGUUGUUCUAUUAUCAAAUGAUAAUGUUCUAGCAAAAAUAUUGAAAACCUCAAUCAAACAUUAA